AUGAAUGCCCAAUAUACUAGUCCUCAAAUACAAAAUGAACUAAUAAACAUUUGUGGUGACAAGCUAGUCCAAACAAUUGUUGAAAGAUGCAAUGCAUCACAGUGUUUCUCUAUUUUGGCAGAUGAAACUUUGGAUGUGAGUACCUCCGAACAGUUAUCACUCUCGGUAAGGUACAUUGAUGUCGAAAUUGGAGGAAUAAGAGAAGACUUUAUAGGCUUUGUGAAGAUACCUGAUAUGACAGGUGGAGGACUUGCAGACAUGAUUUUGAAAACACUGGAAAAAAAUGGGUUGAACUUGCAAUAUUUGUGUGGACAGGGUUAUGAUGGAGCUGCUAAUAUGAGUGGUCAUAUUAGUGGAGCACAGGCAAUUAUAUCGGAAAAGUAUCCAAAGGUUGUCUACAUCCACUGCAGUGCUCACUCACUAAAUCUAGCCUUAGCAAAGGCUUGCAAAAAUGGAAAAAGAUUGCACCUGCAGAAAAACCAUCAAAUGCACUGGAAGCAUAUCUUGUCUGUGAUGGACAGUUUUUUUCCAAAUGUGAAGAAACUUCUUCAGAUUUCUACAACAUUGCCAGUGUCAACAGCUACAAAUGAAAGGUCGUUUUCAACCCUUAAACAUUUGAAAACAUACACAAGAAGCACAACGGGGCAAGAAAGACUGACUGGACUUGCACUCUUG